AUGGGUGAUUGGAACCUUUUGGGAAGCAUCUUGGAAGAAGUUCAUGUCCACUCCACCAUAGUGGGCAAAAUCUGGCUGACCAUUCUCUUUAUCUUUCGCAUGCUGGUGCUCGGAGUUGCUGCUGAGGAUGUUUGGGACGAUGAGCAAAGUGAGUUUGUGUGUAACACGGAGCAGCCCGGGUGCAAGAAUGUUUGCUACGACCAAGCUUUUCCCAUCUCCCUUAUCAGGUACUGGGUCCUGCAGAUCAUCUUUGUAUCCUCACCUUCUCUGGUCUACAUGGGCCAUGCGCUUUACCGGCUGCGGGCCCUGGAGAAGGAGAGACACAAGAAGAAAGCCCAGCUUAAAGUUGAGCUGGAGGGGAUGGAGGGCAUCUUGGAUGAACACAAAAGAAUUGAGAAGGAAUUGAGGAAACUGGAAGAACAAAAGCGAGUCAGGAAGGCCCCUCUGAGAGGUUCCCUCCUGCGUACGUACGUAUUCCAUAUUUUAACCAGGUCGGUGUUGGAAGUGGGUUUUAUCCUGGGUCAGUAUGCCCUUUACGGUAUUGGACUGACCCCACUGUACAAGUGUGAGAAAGAUCCCUGCCCGAACAUUGUGGACUGUUUUGUGUCCAGGCCAACAGAGAAAAAUAUUUUCAUGAUCUUUAUGCUGGGCAUAGCUGGGGUUUCCCUUUUCUUAAACAUCAUGGAGAUCUUUCACCUGGGAGUGAAAAAGAUCAAGCAAAGCGUAUAUGGCAAUCUGCAUGGUGGAGAUGAAGAGAGUCUUUGCAUGUCGAAGAAAAACUCCAUGGUGCAGCAGUCAUGUGUCCUUACAGACUGCCUGCCACAGAAACUUGCACAUAUGACCCAAACAUCGUACACGAUAGUGACUGAUAGACAGGUGGAAGCUUUGCCAUUCCACAUGCCCACUAGCAACCCUCUGCCCUCUUCAAAUGCACCAACCAGUGAUGCUCCUGUAUCUGAGCAGCCAAAGCAGACGCGUAUCCCGAGUCAACCUGAGAUCCAGGCCAUCCGUCAUGUAGGGGCCACAGAGAGGCUUUCCACUGUGGACAACCGCGGCCACACUUCUAGCAGCGAAGAAUCCGGACCCAAGUUACCCUGCCCUCUGAAGGGUGCCGGUCAGCUACCUCGAGCAUCCCUCAGAGCCAGCAACAUUGAGAUCCCAGCAUCAAUUCAGAAUUUUGCACGCAAGCAAAGUCGGGUGAGCGUUUGCAAGGACCUGAGUGAGGACAGUGAUUCAGCAGAACAUUACUCCACUGGUAGGAAAUCUAGCUUCAUGUCAAGAGGGCUUUCUGAGAGCAGACUGGCUAUUCCACUGGAGAGCCCAAUGUCCAAAAGUGGCUCAGAGUCAGGGACCCAGCAGCUGACUCAGAGUGAAAGCCCUACCAUGAUCCCGACACCCGCCAGUGGGCGCCGCAUGUCAAUGGGCAUGAUCCUGGAGUUGUCUUCGAUCAUGAAAAAGUGA